GUAACUUAAUUAAACAACUCCGCACGUGUUCUGUGAGAAAAUUCGAAAUUUGGUCAUUGCUCUGCUGGGACGAAUGAGGAAUCACCGGCCUAAUUUUAGAAGUCUAACAAAUUAGACCUAGAUCUAUAGGCAUUUAAAUUUCAUAUGCUUGGAUAUACCGGGUUUCAUGCCAGUCAUGCCGGAUACAUUCUCCCGCCAGUCAGCAUGGAUCAUAGCGGUAUCGGUCCUCGUUUGUUGUUGCAUCCCCUUCGCCUUUCUUGAUCUUGGGUCUUCCAAUGACACAGCUACAAGAAUCCCUCACAGGGUCAGGUUACAGAGACGCUAUCCCACUGAGAAAAAGGUCAUUGGCCCUAAUUACAUCCAACAUGAGCUGCCUGCCAUGCCCAUCGAUUUGAAGGCUCGCUACGAAAAGAGGCGCCUACUAGGAAGAAACAAACUCCAAGCCCGCACUUCAGCCAUUGAGAGAUUCAGACGUAAUGUCCAACCAUCACCGGUCGAUAGUAAAAACUAUACCCCUUUAAUGUCUAGUGAAGAAAGUGAGCUUGACCUUCAUUGUGGGUCAUGUUCUCUAGUUGCCAAUUCGGGUCUAAUGAGGCGGAGUUCAUUGGGGAGAGAGAUUGACCAAGCAGACUGUGUCUUCAGAAUGGAUGAUGCACCGACCAUGGGAUAUGAGAGAGAUGUAGGGAGGAGAACAACUGUUAGGGUCAUCUCAUAUUCCAGCCUCUUUGAUGUAGCCUUCCAAGCAGAGAAACUCCUCUCCCUCGAGCCUAGCGCCACCCAUCUCAUCUUCCAUGGUCCAGAACAUGUUUACUCCAGCCAUCAAUUCCAGAAAUACCUGCAGCAUAUCAAGUCUUCCAAACCCGAGGUUGAGAUGUAUCACGCUGGUCAGGGUCUGGAAGACAAGACUGACUUUGAACUUCUGAAGCAUACAGGCAAAUCAAGGCAUACAUCAAGCUCCGAGUUCUCAACUCACAUGUACACCUUGAUGGCUAUGAAAGACAUGUGCUCAACAAUCACAGUCUAUGGAAUGCUACCCAAGAAUUUCUGCAGCGAUAACCCAGGAAACAAAGUUGAAUCUCUGUACUACAAGGACCCCAUGCUCACCGCCUGCUCGUUAUUCAGCUACCAUGACAACUUAGAGGUGGGAGGUCAGCCGCUCGGCGCAGAGCAAGACGUCCUCAGGGGCUGGAUGGAAAGCGAAGAGAUCCGAUUUGUGAAUCCAAGCUGGGAGUGAUCGGCUUGAAGCCAGCUUGGAUCAUUUGCCUCCAUGUCUGUUGUCUCAUGCGAAGAGCAUAGCUGCAGUCUUGGACAGCGGAUGGUACAAGCUAACUAUGUCAAAAAAAAUCCCUCGGGUUUGUGACUCAUGUUAAAAAGGCAUAGUCACUAAAACCAGCGUCAAACCUGGCCCGUGCUUCCAAAGCACGGUCAGGGUACUUUGUGUUGUGUGGUUGUAAAUUGGUGCUGAAAGCGCAGUUGCAAACCAGAACACAAUGGAGCUCGAUGCUCGGCAAGGCAGGCGAGACGGUGACUCACAUCCAGAUGAUGUAGCCACGCAAGUGUCUUCUUGCCACCGAUGGCUCGUGUUUCAAAAACACAGUCUCAGGUAGGACAGAUCGUAGGACUGAAUGAAGGAGGGGUAGUGUGAGAACGUAUCAUCAGGAUAAGUGUAGUGCUUCCUUCAUCAGUUGAUAGAUCAGAAGAGUUUUAUAUUUUUUAGAAAAAGGAAAUAUAUUUAUUGUUUUACUUUCACCACAAUGUGGUGAUAGGUGUACCCUGACAGGACAUGAUCAGCUGCCUGCAAGAAGGUUGGUUGUAUCUUCAGUAUUGGUACUUGUGGCCUUCUUGCAGUCACCUGAUCAAAUGCCUUGUUUGGGGUUAUUGUGCUAGUCAGGUGUACUUGAUAGCAUGGGACCAAGUUUAGUGAAGUAGAUUAUGUCAAGUAAGAAGAAUUAUUAGGUCAGAGUAAUUUUUGAUGUGCUUGCAUGCAGAAGACAUAGCUCUUCUUGCAUUAAUUUGCAGACUUGAUCAAUUCUUUUGUUGAUCUUAACUGUAAAUAAGCCAUUGAUGUCAAGUUCUAGUCAUUUUGAAUUGAUAGGAAAUCUGCAUUUGAAUAGAAUUUAAACUUCUUAAUCUAAUGCAACUACCCCCCCCCCCCCCUGCGCCAGUAACAUGCAUUGAUAACUUUUCAAAACUGUAAAAAAUAAAAAGUGUAUGGAAAUAGGUGUGCCAUACCCUUAUCAACCUUGUUCUACUCAAAAAAAAAAUAUUGAUCAACAGUAUCUUUAGUGUGAUUAUUCAGUAAUUCAUGAACAACUCUUGUAGAUAAGUGUGAAUUCAUUUUUUUUCCAAUAGUUUCAAUCAUUGAUGUGAUUUUUUUUUCCCGUACAUUGACAGUAAUGUUGGUAAGUCAAGUUGAUCUAAAUUUACAAAAGAAUGUAUGACUCCAGUACUGUCAGUUUUAAAAGAUUUUUGAAUUUCUUUUAUGCUGGUAACAUUUUAUCUUCCUUUAUUUUCCUUAAAACCAUCUUCUUUCUACCCUAUUUAAAAGUAU